AUGAAAGUUAACCCUAAGGGGAUGUGGCUGCCAAUAUUGUACAGGACUACUAGAGAGGCUCGGGAAGCAGCAAUUCCUCUGGACCACCCGCCCACCUGGUAUGAUGUCCUCCGUAAACUUCCUGACUUCUUGGACGUGUAUGGGAAAGGGUCACGGAAGAGGGACGUGAUUGCUGCCCAACUCGUCAUCGGGGACCCUGGAGCGUCCCCGCCCUUGGAAAAAACCCUGGGGGUGCCUCUGCUACUGAGAGGGCCCCUGGGGACAUCGCCGCCUGGAAGGUCCCCUGGGGGCGCUCCCACACCUGGGACGACCCCUGGGGGUGCUAUCGCCUCUGGCACCCUAAAGAGAGCCGCUGGGGGCGUCUCUGCUCUUGUGAGGAUCCCUAGGGGAAAAUCCCUGGCGGCGUUGCCGCCCCUGGGGGCGCCACUGCCACUGGGAGGGCCUCUGGGGGCGGCUCUGCCACUGGGAAAGCCCCUGGGGAUGCCGGCGCCACUAGGUGGGCCUCUAGGGGAGCCACCGCCCUUGCAAGGGAUCCUAGGAGUGCCGCCGCCCCAGGAAAACCCCUGGCGGCGUCUCCGCUCCUGGGAGGGCCCCUGGGGGCGCCGUCGCCUCAGAGCGGGAGCCAGGGGGGGCUGCUGCCCCUAA